AUGUCGAAUUAUGGACGCCCGCUUCCCACACAUCUCCGCAACCAGUCAUUGGGCGGCGCUCAGCAACAAUCCCCAAUCUUGCUCGCCCGCAUUGAAGAAAAGAAGGCCGAGUUAGCCAGUCUCAAAGACCUCCAAGCCCUGAGCGGGGGACUUGCAGAUCAAAUGCAAAUGCUUGCUGACAAGCUGAUGACUCUAUCGGACGGCACGGAAGCGGUUGCAGCAGUGUUGUCUAACUGGCACAAUGUGCUCAGGGCUAUCAACAUGGCAUCCACAAAACUACCCAAACCCAAGGAUGAGGAGGAUGCAGAAAAGAGAUCGGAAGAUGGACCACCAUUACCACAGACACUUGUCCGCAUCCCCACACAACAUGCGCCUGCAGUCAUGGAGCAGGCCAACGCAGCUACGGCAGAAGAUUGA